CUUAUCUUUAGAGCACCACCUCGGCAAUGGCCGCCGCUUUCUCCUCCUCCUCCUCCUCCUCGUCGCCGUCCACCGCGGCAUCCGCCCACCACCCCUUCCCUUUCCCGGCCGCUCCAAGCCCGCCCAUAGCCCACCGCCUCCGCCUCGGCAUCCGCCUGGCCGCCUCCUCCAGGUGGGUGAGCCGCGGCAGGGCGCCGCCGGAGCGCGGCGCCGGCGCGGGCAACUCCAUAUGGGUCAACCCGGCCGCCCCGUCCCGGCCCGGCCAGGCCGGCCAGAAGCUGCGCCGCCUGGUCCAGCUCGGGGACCUCGACUCCGCGCUCCGCCUCCUCGGCGCCUCCUCCCCCGACCCGCCGGCCGUCGUCGCCUGCAACAUCCUCAUCAAGAAGCUCUGCGCGCAGCGCCGCCUCGCCGACGCGGAGCGCGUGCUCGACGCGCUCAAGGCGGCCGGCGCGGCGGACCCCGUCUCCCACAACACCCUCGUCGCCGGCUACUGCCGCGACGGCCGGCUGGCGGACGCCGAGCGCGCCCUCGCCGCGGCGGCCCGCUCCGGGGCCGCCAACGUCGUCACCUACACCACGCUCAUCAACGGCUACUGCCGCUCCGGCAGGCUCGCCGACGCGCUCGCCCUCAUCGCCUCCAUGCCCGUCGCGCCGGACACCUACACCUACAACACCGUGCUCAUGGGCCUCUGCGGCGCCCGCCAGUGGGAGGACGCCGAGGAGCUCAUGGCCGAGAUGGUCAGCAACCAUUGCCCCCCGAACGAGGUGACGUUCGCCACGCAGAUCCGCGCUUUCUGCCAGAACGGGCUGCUCGACCGCGCCCUUCAGCUGCUCGACCGAAUGCCUGGGUAUGGAUGCACGCCUGACGUUGUCAUCUACAGCACCCUGGUGAAUGGGUUCUCGGAGCAAGGGCGUGUGGACGACGCCAUCGAGCUGCUCAACGGCAUGCUCUGCAAGCCCAACACUGUUUGUUACAAUGCCGCGCUGAAAGGUUUGUGCAUCGCUCAGCGUUGGGAGGAUGUCGGAGAGCUCAUUGUUGCAAUGGUUAGGAAAGAUUGCCUGCCAAAUGAAGCGACAUUCAGCAUGCUAACCAGUUGCUUGUGCCAGAAUGGGCUAGUUGACUGUGCAAUGGAAGUCCUCGAGCAGAUGCACAAGUAUGGAUGCAGACCCGAUGUUGUCAUUUACAACACGCUGAUCUAUUCCUUUUCGGAACAAGGGCGUGUGGAGGACGCGCUCAAGUUACUAAACAGCAUGCCGUGCAGUCCUGACGUCAUUAGCUUUAAUGCCGCUUUGAAGGGUUUAUGCAGAGCUGAGCGGUGGGAUGAUGCCGAGGAGCUUAUAGGGCAGAUGCUUAGGGAGGAUUGUCCCCUAAUUGAAAUGACUUUCAAUAUACUCAUUGAUUCGUUGUGCCAGAGUGGCCGCGUAAACUACGCAAUUGAAGUGUUUGAGCAAAUGCCAAACUUUGGAUGUACACCUGAUAUUGUCACAUACAGUAGCCUUAUUAAUGGUCUUUCUGAACAAGGGCUUGUGGAAUCGGCCAUUGAGUUGUUUCAGAGCAUGCCAUGUAAGCCUGAUAUCUUUGGCUACAAUGCUGUGCUGAAGGGUUUGUGCAGAGCUGCGCGAUGGGAGGAUGCUGGGGAGCUUAUAUCUAAGAUGGCUAGAAAGGAUUGCCCCCCAAAUGAAAUCACAUUCAAUAUACUAAUUAAUUCCCUGUGCCAAAAAGGGCUUGUUGAUCGUGCAAUUGAGGUGUUCGAGCAAAUGCCAAAGUAUGGAAGUACACCUGAUAUUUUCACAUACAAUGCCCUUAUCAAUGGCUUUUCUGAACAAGGCCGUCUGGAUGAUGCCCGCAAGAUAUUAAGCACUAUGUCAUGCAAGCCCGAUGCCGUUUCCUAUAAUUCUGCAUUGAAGGGUUUAUGUAGAGCUGAACGAUGGAAGGAAGCAGAGGAAGUUGUGGCUGAGAUGCUUAGAAAGAAGUGCCCUCCAAAUGAAGUAACAUUCAAGUAUGCUAAUCGAUUAUUUGUACCAAACAGGGUAACUUGAGUCAACCUUUUGAAUCUCUUCACAAAAUGCCAAUUAUGAAGUUAUGCUUUGCCAUAUACACUGCCCCUGCCAAAGGUGAUUUUGUAAGCAAGAGCCUGAAGGAUGCCCUGGGUUAUGAAUCAGUGCACUUGUGCAGGCCUGCCACGGUCUGCUCUUGUGCUCCAUCAAAGGAUUUGUGUACACAUGAGCAACAGGAUAAUGCCAGAGUUUCUGGUUGAGCUCAGUAACGAGAGGAUAGUCCAAAUAAGGCCUCUUUUGGUUAGGCCGGGAUCAUGGCCCAUUCCAUGCUAGCGACAGAAAAGUGCGGGGUAGGCAACCGGAUGCGACGGGGCCACGACGGAGGCCUACAUCUCUCUGUCAAACUUCCAUUUCUCCUCUUCCCGCAACUUGCACAACCGAACUGAGAAGACUGUGCUGCCACCUACUUCUCUCCGGCCAUGACGACAAUGAUGACUUUGUUCUCUCCUGUAAGGCUCUUCUCAUCUGUUUGAUUCACAUACUUCUGAGUAAUUUUGAAAAUCCAUGGUUUCAUUCAUAUCUGGGUGAUUCUGUUUACGUACCUUUUCCAUGGGAAUUCUGGAUGAUGUGUAUGUGUUACAAUCCAAAUAGCUGCUCGGUCAGCUUCUGAAGAUGGGAAGUUCAGAGUUCAAGCAAACAAAGUGCUGCGCUACAGGGUUUGUGCAGAGCUGCGCGAUGGGAGGAAGCAGAUAUCUAAGAUGGCUAGAAUGGAUUGUUCCCCAAUGAAGUCACAUCAAUAUAUUACUAAUCAAUUCCUUGUGCCAAAAAGGACUUGUCGAUCGUGCAAUCGAGGUGUUCGAGCAAAUGCCAAAGUAUGGAAGUACACCUAAUAUUUUCACAUACAAUGCCCUUAUCAAUGGCUUUUCUGAACAAGGCCGUACGGAUGAUACCCGCAAGUUAUUAAGCACUAUAUCGUGCAAGCCUGGUGCCGUUUCCUGUAAUUCUACAUUGAAGGGUUCAUGUAGAGCUGAACGAUGGAAGGAGAAGCAGAGGAUGUUGUGGCUGAGAUGCUUAGAAAGAAGUGCCCUCUAAAGGAAGUAACAUUCAAUUAUGCUAAUCAAUUGUUACCGAACAGGUUAACUUGAGUCAACCUUUGAAAUUUCUUUAAGACAAUGCCAAUAAUAUGAAGUUAUGCUUGGUCAAUCUACAUUGCCCCUGUGUAAGGUGCUUUUGUAAGCUAGAGUCUGAAGGAUGCCCAAUCAGUGCACUUGUGCAGGCCUGCCACAGUCCGCUCUUAUGCUUCAUCAAAGGAUUUGUGUAGAAAUGAUCAACAUGUAAAUGCCGGAGUUUCUUGUUGAGAUCAGCGUUGAGAGGGUAAUCCAAAUAAGGUCUCUUUUGGUUAGGCUGGUUAUAGCCAGGAUCAUGGCCUGAUCCAUGCCAGUGACAGAAAAUGUGAUGUAGGCAACUCCGCAACUGGAGGCGACGGGGGCAGAAUCGACAGAGCCUACACCUCUCUGGCAAAAUUUUAAUUUCUCCUCUUCCCACAACUUGCACAACUGAAGUGAGAUGACUGCCGUCACCUACUUCUCACCGCACAUGACCUCCGGUGGCAACGACAACGGUGGCUUGGUUCUCUCCUAUAUUGCAACUACUACUAGUCGGAGGGAGCUUCUUGAUUAAGGAAUGUACUAUAUUUUGUUGUAAGGAGAAAAGUCAGUUGCAACAAAGAAUUAUUUGAUUUUCUGUCAGUUACCAAGUGAUCUCAGAUGUUUUGUUCUGUCUGAAAUGGUUGAAAAAAAUUAAAAAGCAUUGUAAUC